UUCCUCGCCCGGGAGGAGCCUCCCUGCCCCGAGCCGCUGUCCAGCAUGCACGGCCGCGAUGGAGGCUCCCGGGGACCGGCCCUCGGGCAGCCUCAGGAGGAGCCUGGGGGCGGCCGGCGAGGGGCAGGGUCGGCCCUGGCUGGGGAGGCAGCGGCGGUGGCCAUGGCCCAGCCGGGGGGCCGGGGCAGCAGCAGAGCCCGGCACAGGGGGGAGUCGGGGGGGCGCCACGGCCCAGAAGAGCAGCUGCCACCAGUGUCUGGGGCAUGACGGAGCCCCCUUCCCCAGGCGCAGGGUGUGUGCCCUCGGGGCUCCCCGGGGCCCCGUGUCCGAGUCCUUCGCGCAGCGAGUGUACCAGCCCUUCCUCACCACCUGCGAGGGGCCCCGAGUCUGCAGCACGUACCGGACCAUCUACAGGACUGCCUACCGCCGCAGCCCCGGGCCGACCCCGGCCAGGCCUCGCUACGCCUGCUGCCCCGGCUGGAAGCGGACCGGCGGGCUCCCUGCGGCCUGCGGAGCAGCGAUAUGCCAGCCACCGUGCCAAAACGGAGGGAGCUGUGUCCAGCCGGGCCGCUGCCACUGCCCCGCAGGAUGGCGGGGCGACACCUGCCAGACAGAUGUGGAUGGACACGGGGCCGGAGGGGGCGGCUGUCCCCACCGCUGUGCCAGCACCGUGGGUAGUGGCUGGUGCCGGUGUCCUGAGGGGCACGGCCCGUCCACUGGUGGGAAGCUAAGCCCGCCCAGGAGAGGGACCCCUGGGGUGGCCCCGAACCCUGACAAAGGCGUGGACGGCGUGGUGGAGGAGGAGGUGCAGAGGCUCCGGUCGCGGGUGGAUGUCCUGGAGCAGAAGCUGCAGCUGGUGCUGGCCCCCCUGCACAGCCUGGCCUCGCGGGCGCUGGAGCAGGGGCUCCCCGACCCCGGCAGCCUCCUGGCCCACUCCCUGCGGCAGCUGGACCGCAUCGACUCUCUGAGCGAGCAGAUCUCCUUCCUGGAGGAGCAGCUGGGGUCCUGUUCCUGCAAGAAGGAGCUGUGACGGGCCUAUGUGACCCCCAACCUCACAGAAGAAACAGGGCGGGGUGGGCGGGGGGGGCGCUGUCUCCUAUGAUUCCGGCCCCUGCACCCGGGCCGGCUCCCUGGGCCUGGCGGGCCGUGGCCGAGGGGCGGUACGACAGCUUCCGGCCUGGGGCCUCUGAGUAGACCUGGGGGAGCCCCAUCCCCGAUAUUCGUCAGAAUAAAACGAGACCUGGAGAGCU